AGUAGCUGUCGAUCAAAUUAUUUGUUCACCAUUUCUGCUGUCAGAUCACGCGUACAAAAUGGUAUCAUUUCUAGUCUGCUCCCCGGGAGAUUUGGAUCAAAUUUCGAGCGGGGCGCAAAUGUCUCAGUUGGAACACCGAGACUUACUGUCUCUUUUUGUUCAUCAAUGCGAUCGAGCUGAUCGAGCGAAUAGCAUUAAUACGGAAAAGUUGUCCAAACAAGAGGAGGACAUCAGUAGUGCCAAUCAAAUAUUAUUAGUAAAAAUGAAUUCUGUUGAGUUCUCGAUGACAUCUAGCAAAAUUAACGGCAAUCAGGAAAUUGUUUUCAAUGGCAAUUGUUUUACAAAUGUGGAAAGGACGCUGAUUCACUUUGUUUGUUCACUGCCUUACGUCAGUACUUCAGAAGAUCUGGGUCAAGAGAAACUGUUCGUUUCGCCCACCGACUCUCAGCUAGCUCACAAAUUAGCCCUGAACGACCGCAAACUACAACAGAUUGCCCUAAAGCCAAAAAUUUCAGAAUUGCAGCAGUUCUCGGUCUCAAACGAAGAUAGUAACUCUGUUUUGUUUGUCGAUACAGCGGACAACAAGUCUGAAAUAACUUUUCUGGAACAAAUGUUCAAAGAAAAUUUAGACGAACCGGACUCACAGGCUUUCAAAUCAUUUCUAUCUGAAAAUAACAAAUAUGAUAUAAUGGAAGCUCUCGAUUUAUUCGUCCAAAAACUCGAAUUCCUAGAAGCGUCAGGGCACGAUGUUUUGUUUGCUCUCGAAUGUGCUGAUGUUGAAUGUAACUUGCACCCGUUGGAAAUCGUGAUUCUUAAUAAAAUAAGACAGAAAUUUGACCUGAAGUGCGCUGAUGGUUCCACCGAUUUCGACCUCAAAUCUGCCGCCGAAGAGAAUCGAAUAACGUUUUUGAAAGAAUUGCCCGAGAAUCAUCUGAGUCUUUUUUCUGCAUGGGCCGCAUAUUUGACUCUACUUGUAAAUUCUCGAUGCGAGUUGUCUCUAGCGAGAACAUUAAAUGUCCCAGACCGUGAAUUGGAAUCGGCUGUAUUCAAAGCUCUUAAGAAGAGCUCACUGGAAAAAGAAAUGCCUAUGUUCCAAACAGCCUUGUCUCUCAUCACCCAAGUUCGUUUGGGAGGCAAAGGUUAUAGACCUAGCUCGAAGAGCUCAAUUUUCCAACAUAUGAAGGGUCUGGCCGAGUAUGUUGACUUCGUGGAUAGACUAAGGGCUCAUUUAGAAGACUAUAGUUUGUCGCCUAAAAUUGCGAUAAAACGUGUUCUGCAGACUUUGCAGAAAGAGUUUUGUAGCUGCAAGAGAUCACAAGAGCAUAAACCAUUUGUCGAAUGUGUGUACAAUGAAUUGUGGCAAUGCUUAAAGGAAGUUUGUGCGAUUGAUUUGUCGGCACCGUCUCCAAAAACUCCCAACAGCGGAGGAACUUUAGCAGGUCGCGAGGCGUUCAAACUGCUUCACAAAAUGGUGAUAAAGUUGAAUGUUAUUCACUCAAUAAGAAGCGUGACUAAUCUCAACUUUAGUUCGGAGAAGUUAAAUCACACGCCGAUUCUAAAUGCUUUCAAAUCACCGGCAGUUGGAUUAACUUUUGAAAGGGUUAUUUCCGAUUGUGUAGUCGAAGUUGAAGUAGCGAAAGAUCCAAAAACGCCUCUUAAGCAAUCGAGGAAAUCGCAAGAAAUGAACUGGGCUAAAACUCCAGAGACUCCGUUUUUUGGAGCGAAGGAUAUGGAGUUUUUAGAGGACGAGAGUUCAAGAUGUUCGGCAAUGUUUGCUGGUGAAGAUAAUGAAAGCUGCAUUGACCAGUCUCAACACGAGAAAACUAUUGUCGCAGAAGAGUUUGAUUUUGAAGAAGAUAAAAUAGCUAAGUUUAAGCAAAACCUGAAAGCUAGCAAAAAUACAGAGAACGAAAAAAUGGAAGUCAAAAAAGAGGUUAAACGCAAGAUCCAUGAGGAGGAAAAUGCGAUUGAUAAAAAAACUUUAAUUGAAAAACCCUCGAAGAGUAAACGGCAGAAAAGUGACCCGAAAGAACAGCCGAAGGAGCAAAAACAAAUUAAAAAUAAAGUAGUUAAAAAAACUGUAGAACGCGUUAAGGGACAAAGAACUCUUGGGAUGUUUUUCAAGCAGUAAAAAUUAAGUCGACAUUGAAUUGUAAUCUUUUAAUAUGAGUUUAUUGUGAAAGUUUGGAUAUUGUUUUUGUUUGAAUCGUUUUAUUGAAUUUGAUUGUAGCUUUGAUAGUGAAAAUAUUUUGUGCUUGUGCUUUUUCGCAGUUUUUCUUAACAUUGAGGUGUGAAAUUUAUGAGUUGGUAGUUGUUUAUUUGUCAUUAAAAUUAUUGGCGCUAUAUGGGGACAAUAAUUAAUCAAAAUCGA